AUGAACGACUUCUACAACACGUACGUGCGGCAGUACCAACACAACCAAUUUCAGUAUUGGCUGCUGCUCAUGAUGGCGAGCGUAAUGAAGCGAGUUGUAUCCAGCAGGCCCCACGCUGGAUUUAUGGUAUUGAAGUUCGACUCUGCACAAGCCCUAGGCCUCAAUCGGGGGCGCAGUGGCGCCAAUGAAUUGGAUCGGGGGGCAAUUGACUCGCUGCAGCGGCAGGUGGCGGCGAGCGUAGAAGGGAAGCUGGACCGUUCGCUGCAGCGGUUCCAGAAUUUUCAGUUUGUGCAGAGUCCGCUGAUUGCUGCGACUUCCGCGAUGCGGCCGAACGUGUCGGUGACAGGGUACUUGGAGCGCACAAAGGCGGGAAACUUUGUAGAUCAUGGAAUAUUUGGGGUGGACAUGGAGACGGACACCUUAGAGGAACUGAAGGAACGCAUGCAGCCAGGCAACCUGCUUGUAGAUGUUUCUCUUGUCGAUCCGUGGAGUUCCAGGCCGCUAUCGGACUGGCCAGAUCCGCUGCAGCGCGACGUUCUUGCGUUAACAGCAUACACUGCCACGCAGCUGCUUUGUGCAGAGCUGCAGUGGGACCCGUCCCUAGGCAACCUGGGACACGUGGAAGUGGUGUACUCAGGCUUUGCUGACGUCUACGACUCAGCUGGGGGGUCGCAGCAGUCGAAGGCGAAGUUCGACCCGGACGUUCAGGUGCUGCUGCUAAGAGACAAUCAGAAGUUCGUUGAAGAUGGUCUAGAAGAAGGAAGCAAGGAGAAGAUCACGAACCUGAUGGCCCAGGAGCCGCUGCAGUGGGGGCAGAAGCGUGUCAUUGACGCAGAAAGAAUCAAAUGGAAAGGCGUUGCCAGACUGCUGCGUGGCGGUCAGCUGUACAGGAAGAGUGCAUUUGGGACAGGCCUGCCACCCACGCUUCGGAGGAACGCGGAGGACCUACUUAAACCCAAUGUCGUGCUCAUUCACAUCGUCAUUCAGGGGUUGGGAGAUAUGACUCCAGAUACCCUAGGCUUUGAUAUGACUGCCAGCGAGAUGGCGAGCCGGCUUGUUCGAAGGUGCAGAGGAAUCUACGAUCCUGUCCUCCUCAAGUCGGUCACACCUUUUGUAAAGGAAAUGCAGGUCAAGAACGAGCGGCAGUGCGUUGGGGACAUGCCCAAGUGGGUGGUCUUGGUAUCGACUCUUGGAGUGGCGCUUUUCUUCAUUAUCCUUAUAACGCUGCUACUGUACCACGACAAGAUUAAACUUCCCUGGUGGAUAAUGUGCAUUUGCAGCAGCCGAGCCCCUUGGGAAGAGUCGUCAGCAGCCUCCAGCAUGUCGAAUGGCUUUGGCCCCGAAAUUCUUGAGAAGCAAAGCAACUCCACGCGCGAUAUCAUUGCAUUUGCCCCUCCUCUGAAAGAAAUGACGUCAAGUUUGUCAUGA